AUGGCAACACAGAUUGUGUAUCUAGAUGGCCCUAAGGCCGGAAGCGGUUGGAAAGUUGUUCAGAAGAUGGAUCAGAGGAACAUGUAUGCUAUACCAGAACUAGACCCAACUGACAAAGAUGUCGACAACGUCGCUGACCAACUGGGCCCAAACAACGACGAUGAUGUAGUUAUAGAGGAGGAGGAUUGGGAGACCGAAAGUGAUGAUAGUGACGAUAACGAAAGUUAUUAUAGUUCAGAUGACGAAUAA